UCUCUGUAGCCAAUCGCCUUUCAGAUCAAACCCGAGGCGGGCGGGGCUAGGCAAAGAAAUUCUUGUGUUGUCAUUCCAUCGAGUUGCUGAGCUCGAUGGUGUGUGUAUACGCAGGGCGGAUUGGUCAUCGCACACAAUGCGACUCUAGCGGCGACUGUGUUGCUUUUUCUUCGUUCUAGAACCUUGUGGAGCAUUGUUCUCCUUCAGCGCACCGAACAAAGAUCGUUUAAGUACCCGCAGAUCAGGAGACCGUACAUUUCAAACGGAGGCUAGCUUCUAGGCUACCGGCUAACGCCUUAUUAGCUAUGGAGGAAAGGAAGGAGGAGGGCGAAGCCGAGAUCCAGGGGCACGGCCCGGAGCACUGGUUCUCCAAGUGGGAACGCCAGUGCCUGGCCGUAGCCGAUCAGAAUGAGCCGAGCGACGAGGAGACGGAACAGAACCAACAGAAGCUGUGGCACCUCUUCCAGAACUCGGCCACCGCGGUGGCUCAGCUCUACAAAGACAGAGAAUGUCAGCAACAAGGCCUUUCUCUCUGGGUGCCCUUCCAGAACGCAGCCACUGCAGUCACUAACAUGUACAAAGAGAGCACGGAGGCCCGCCAGCGCAGCUACGACCUGGGGAUCCAGAUUGGCUAUCAGCGCAGGAACAAGGAGGUGAUCGCCUGGGUCAAGAAGCGCCGGAGAACCAUCCGACGGGAGGACCUUAUCAGCUUCCUGUGCGGGAAGAUCCCCCCUCCGCGGACGCCCCGCGCCCCGCCUCGAGGUGCCAUGGUGGCCGCCAGCCGGCCGCCGCCACCGGAGACCGGCAGUUCUGUGGAGACGGACCUGCAGCCCUUCAGGGAGGCCAUAGCCCUGCACGGCCUCAGCGGCGCCAUGGCCAGCAUUUCCGUUCGUUCCGGCCCGCCCGGCUCGCCCACCCACCCCGCCCAGUCCCUGGGCCGGCGCAGGAACGGCCUGCACGACGUCGACCUCAACACGUUCAUUGCCGAGGAGAUGGCGCUCCAUUUGGAUUCCACUGCCAACCGCAAGCGAGGCCCCGCCCCCUGCAGUGACGUCAUCACAGACUCGCCCACUCAUAAACGGAACCGGAUGCUCUGAGCUCCACCCCCACACCGCCCACCCCCUCCCUCCCACGAGGCCUACUUGUUGGACAGCCGAUGAGAACUGAACCUCGGCUCAGCGCCAAAGCGCCAUCCUAGCUGCAUUGCUACGUGUAAUAAAAAGUCAAAUAUUACAACACACUUCUUCCUCUCCUGCUCAAUUUUGUUACUCAUUCACGUUACUCGUUCUCUUAUUUACUCCCCAUUUGCUCAGUGCAAGUGCGACCAUUUCAUUUUUUCAUCAAGACGUGCUUACAAGCCACUAAAUUCUUCCUCCGUGAGAGCCGGACCCGAUCCGAGUCUCGCGAGGAAGGCUGCGUUGCCGUUCCAAAUGCUAGCCAUCAGCGUGCUUGCAUCACAAGUGGACCGCGUCCUACUCGUCCCCUGCCUUUCUGAGACGGCUGCUACACUCGCCGUGUGUGGAUGCUACUUGCUUUUUACUGACACUCCGCUUUCGGGUCACAAAGCAGUCGCUGAGAGGCGUCAUCAACCUUCAUGUCCUGAUAGAAUAUGCACUAUUUAUGUUUACACUCAGACUGACCUGUUUCAUGUUUACAUACAGGAGGACUUUAAACCCAUUUCCAACAAGGCUUGCAAUGCGCUUUUUGGUUUGUUUUGGAGAAAUCACGCUGCUUUGUGAUACAAUCUUUAUGUAAUGUGUGUAAAUAAACACGUAGGUGCUGUUAUUAUGUGGUAAAUAUUGUAAAAAAAAAACUAAACAAAAAAAACCAAGCAAAAACUCGUGCAAAUGAAUCAUGUACAAAAAGUAUUAUGACAAUAAAGGAACUACAACUAUUUCACAAACCUC